GCCCUCCCACCACUUCCAGGGAUUGUCACGGCCCACUCCAGGAGCGGGUCCAGUGGGCUGGGCCCUGAGGCCCGGAGACUAGGGGCGCACUGCCCGCACAAGGGGGCCGCCGCCGGGGCAGCCGCGUGCUCAAGGGGCCCCUGAAGGAGGGACCGCAGCUCUGUCCUGAUAAAAAUGGGGAAAUCGGGGCUACUGUGAGGAAGCGACUCGUUCUGGGUCACGAAGCAAACUGGAGUCGACUCAACCGCUGGGGCGUCGGGCAGUCCGGGCCGGCCCGGCCUUGUAGCAGCAAACCCGCCCCGCUCCACAGAGCUGGAACCAAGUGGGGAGUGGGCGUGGGGCUCGCCCCUGGCCGGGCCCGAGAGGCGGGGCCACUUCAGCCCCGCCCCGCCCAUUGGCUGCGGCGCCAGGGGCGGGGCGCGGCUGCCAGAUGUUGGGGCGGCUGCGGGAGCUACGGAGCGCGAGGAGUCGCGGCGCUGGGCACAGGGUGAAGGCGCCGCUGGCCGGGCCGCCCGGCCCUCUCCGCGCCGCUCCCGCCGGAGUUUUCAUUGGAACUGGCAGGCCUGGCGGGGGCUCCGGCAGGGGCAUGCACAGCACUCGGCUUGACAGCUUCCUGGGCCAGCUCCGCUGGGAAUUGCCCUGUGGCCGGGACACAGGCUCACCCCCAAUGCCUGGUCCCCUUCCGCCACCCCCCAAACGCGGCCCAGGUGCCCACCACCGGCUCAGGGCCUCAGAUGCCUUGGAAGAGGACUCCGUCUGCUGUGUGGAGGAAGAGGAGGAGGAAGGUGUGGUGACAGGCGACAGAGGUGUAGCCUUGGAGGGCCCCAGGGAGCACACCUUGGACUGGGACUCCGGCUUUUCCGAGGUGUCAGGCAGCACGUGGAGAGAGGAAGAGCUGCCUGUGCCUCCAGCACCCCCAGCAUGGCGCCCCCACAGACAGCGCGCCUCAGCCAGUGGCAUCCCCUUGUCCAGCGGAGCCCCUGUGGCUAGGGCGCCACCUGCCCACCGACCCCGGCCCAAGUCCACCCCAGAUGCCUGCCUGGAGCAUUGGCGGGGCUUGGAAGCCGAGGACUGGACAGCAGCCCUGCUGAGCAGAGGGCGAAGCCGCCAGCCCCUGGUGCUGGGGGACAACUGCUUCGCUGACUUGGUGCACAACUGGAUGGAGCUGCCCGAGGCAGCAGGCGAGGGGGACAACGGGGGCGCGCCGCGUGCCCGUGCUCGGCCCCCCCAGUUCCUGCUCGGCCUCUCUGAGCAGCUGCGGCGCCAGCUGGCCAGGGCCCGCAGGGCGGCCAUGGCGGGAAAGCGACUGUCGUGCCCACCGCGAGCAGAGCCCGAACUGCCUGCGGACGCCUCGCGCUUCGCAGCCCUCAUGAGCUGCCGCAGCCGCCAGCCCAUCAUCUGUAACGACGUCGUCAGCUACCUCUGACCCUGCCCUCCGGCCCGGGACAAUAAAGGCCUUUCUCUGGA